AUGGCAGCUCCUGGCGGGCUGGGCCGCUGCGUGGCCGCCUUCUGGGUGGCGCUGGCUUUCGACGCGCUGGGCCUGGUUGUGCUGCUGACCGGGGUCUUCGCCAACCUUUUCUUCUCGGACCUGCUCAUUUACGCGGGCGGCAUCGGCAUCUUCCUCAGCCUCAUCUGGUGGGUGUUCUGGUACGCGGGCAACCUGGAGGUGCCGCUCGCCGAGUUGCGCGACGACGUGGGGCUGGACCCGCCCAAGGGCCGCGGGGACAGCCUGCUGCGGGGGCUGGUGAGGGGGCUGAGCACCCGCAUCUCCACCGUCUUCUCCUCCGCUCCUCGCUCCAGUCCCCCGGCUCCUGCCGCCGCCACCACCAUGGAGCUCCAGCCCGCUGACAGUCCUGCCCGCACCCAGCCCGUCUGA